AAUUAAGUCUGUGUAUUUCAAGUUUUGUUGAAUUGUUUCUAGAUCUAUUAACAAAGUUUUGUUUAAGGUAUUGGAAAUAUCAAUUUAGCAAAUAGUAGUGUGAUACUAAUAUAUUUUGCCUUAAACUCUGUAUCUUUAUUUUUGUAUAAAAAUGUUAUAAUAUCUUUUUUGUAAAUUGUAGAAAAGUAUGGCUUAGAUUAUGAGAAAAAGAAGCUGUGAUGGUGUAUAUAUCUUUAUUUAUCUUUGCUACAUCUGCUUUUAUAUCAGUGACAGCCUUGAAUGCACCCCGGAAUUUCAUAAAGGAAAGUCAAGGUCAAACAAGCCUUGAAUUUUCUUGGCAACCGCCUGGAGUAACUGUUGACAAGUAUUACAUUGAAUGCUCUAGAAGAAAUCACAAUGAAAUUAUAGCUGCAGAAUUUUCUGGAAAUCUAAAUAGGGGAACUGUGAAUGGACUUGCUGUAUAUAGUACCUACUCUUGCAAGAUAAAAGCUACAUCAACAGGAAAUUGGAGUGCAUCAGUUAUCCAGAAAACAUUAAAAGGAGCACCAUGUUUGCAACCAUUCGGGAUGGAAAACUUUGUAAUACCUGAUGGUCGAUUGACUUCUUCUGUUGCUUCUUCAAGUGAUAUGCAGAUUUCUUCUGUCAGACUAAACAGUCCUUCCAAGUGGUGCAGUAAAAGUGCUUACAUACAGAUUGAUUUGGGAAGAAUUAUGACAAUUACUGGUCUUGCAAUACAAGGUGGUACACAAGGUGUGACAAAUGUGCGUAUAAAGUAUGGUAUAACAGAUCCAAAUGAUUUAGUUGAUCUUAGGCAAGAAAGGAUUGUAAAUAACAAGAAUGUUGAGAGGAACUUUGCAUAUCCUGCAAUUAAUUACACGAAACGACAUUGGUUUGAUCAAGAUGCAUUUACUGUUCGUCAUAUUCGUAUUUAUCCAGUUGUAACAGAUGCUAAUAAAGUUGUGUGUUUGAAAAUUGAAUUGUAUGGAUGUGCUGAGACAUGUUCCUUUUCAUUAAAUUCAAUAUUCAAUCCCAAAAUCAAUGGUACCCAAUUGGUUUUAUCACCAAACAUUUAUUCUUCUCGAUUUUGGUGUUCAUCUGCUCAACACUUCCUGAGAUAUGAGUUUGGCAUGGAAGUUACAUUAACUGGUAUACUUGUUCAGACUCAGAAAACUAAAGCAACACUCAAUUUUAAAGUACGCUAUGGAGAUUCCAUGAAGCCCUUAACAUUUGUUGGAACAAAAACAUCUGCAAAGAUAUUUAUUACAAAUAGUGCAAAUAAUUCAGUAAUAACACAUUGGUUUGACAUUCCACUAAUAUGCAGUGUUAUUGAUAUUAUACCUGAAUCCGGUGAAGGUUGUAUACAGAUUGGUUUUGUUGGCUGUUUAACAAAUUGCAUGAAUAAACUCGGACUUGAAAGUAGAAAGUCAGGAAUUAAAAUAACUGCCUCUAGCACAUUUGAAGAAAAUGGUGAAAUAAUACAUGAUAAUGCUCCAGAAAAUGCUAGAUUAAAUAAUAUUCGAGAUGCCUGGGCAAGAAAAAGGGAUGAUCGAGACAUAUGGCUUCAGGUAUGCUUUAAUAGAACUAAGUACAUUUUUGGAAUUGCUGUUCAAGGUCAAGGUUAUCGCUGGAAUGAUAGGAUUAUGGCUUACAAAAUAAAUUAUGGAUAUAAAAGUAAUGUUUCUUAUGAUUACAAGAUCAAUAAUGAUAAAAAGGUAUUUACAGGGAGCAACAACAGAUACAAAACACAACUGGCUAUUCUUCCAACUAUGUUAAAAGCAAACUGUAUUAGAUUGCAUGAUAUGGAUUGUAAUAAUAAAAAAGAAAAUGGUGAACAGGGAUGUACUGGAAGGUUGGAAAUUAUGGGAUGUAAUGGAGACAAACUUCCUGAUGUUGUUAUGAUGAGGGCAAACAACAGCCUACAAUGUGCUGCAUAUGGGACACAUCCACUUAUACAAUGGAGUUUAAAUGGCGAAGUAGUUACAACUGAUGGAAAUUAUACGAUCACCGAAAUCAGGAAUCACAAUACAAAUGAACUAUAUAAAUCAUUACUCACAUUUAAGAUGGAUAUUGAAGAGUUUUUAUUGAGGUUUGGUGAAUGUGAUAAUCAAGAGAAUGGAAAGUUAAAGUGUACCAAAGAAUAUGCAUGUGCAUAUCAGUAUAUGUCUAAAAGUACUCUCGUUCCUGUGAAGAAAACGUUUAAUCUUACCUGGUCAUUCCAAGCUCCGAAGAAUUUUUCGUCUACUUUUCAGAAUACAACCUCCAUUAAUUUUUCGUGGAUUCUUAAUGAAAAGAAGUACAUAACAAAAUAUAGAAUUCAAUGCUGCAGACUUAAUUGCAGAGAAAUGAUUGUUACAAAUGUGAUACCAAAUACAAGCACGUCUGCCACUGUUAAUGAAUUGACUCCCUAUACCACUUAUGAAUGCAAGGUGCAAGUUUUUACUGUUUCAAGGGUGAUAUGGAGUAGAUCGAUUAUUGUAAGAACAACAAAAGGAGGUCCAUGCAUGCAGCCACUUGGAAUGGAAACUUAUGUAAUACCUGAUGACAGAUUGAAAACAUCUACUCCUUAUUCAAAUAACAUGAAUGUAUCUUUUGCUCGAUUAAAUAGUGCUUUCAAGUGGAGUAGUAGAAAUGCUUACAUACAGAUUGAUUUGGGAAGAAUAAUGACAAUUACCGGUCUUGCAAUACAAGGUAGUACGCAAGGAGUCACAAAUGUGCGUAUAAAGUAUGGUAUAACAGAUCCGAAUGAUUUAGUUGACUUGUGGGAAGAAAAGAUAAUUGAUUAUACGAAAAAAAAAAGGAACUUUGCAUAUCCAGGCAGCAAAAACACAAAACGGCAUUGGUUUUAUCAAAAUGCAUUUACAGCUCGUCAUAUUCUCAUCUACCCAGUUGAGCAAAGCAAAGUUGUGUGCAUAAAAGUUGAAUUAUAUGGAUGUUCAGAGACAUGUUCCUCUUCUAUGAGAUCAGACUUUAAUCCAAAAAUGAAUGAUACCACCACAGUGAUGUCACCAAACUUAUACUCUUCUAAUUCUUGGUGUUCAUCAGCUGGAGAGUUCUUAAGAUAUGAUUUUGGCAUGGAGGUUACAUUGACUGGUAUAUUUGUUCAAGCUAAUGCAACAAAAGCUGUGCAUAAUUUUCAAGUGCGAUUUGGUAAUAAUUUAAAGUCUUUAAGAAUUGUCACAAGGGGAGCAUCUAACAAGACGUUUAUUGCGCAGAGAGAAAAUAAUUCCAUAAUAACACAUUGGUUUGACACUCCAUUAAUAUGCAGCAUUAUUGAUAUCAUCCCUCAACCAAGUGGAGGAUGUAUAAAUAUUGGUUUUACUGGUUGUUUAACAAGUUGCAUGAAUAAACUUGGAGUUGAAAGGAGAAAACCAGGAAUAACUUUAUCUGCUUCUAGUUCGUCUUCAGAUAAUAAUUUGCCAGAUAAAGCUCGAUUGAAUAGUCUUAGAAAUGCAUGGGCAAGAAAAGUUGGUUAUCAAACCAUUUGGCUUCAGGUGUGCUUUAAUGAAACAAAAUACAUUUUUGGAGUUGCUCUGCAAGGUCUUGGUUUUAUAUGGAAUGACAGAAUUGAAACCUACAAAAUAAAAUAUGGUUAUAAACAUGAUUCUGUCAUUUAUGAUUACAAAAUAAAUAGUAUCAAACAUGUAUUCAGAGGGAGCAACAACAGAUACAAAACACAACUUGCUAUUCUUCCAACUAUGUUAAAAGCAAACUGUAUUAGAUUGCAUGAAAUGGAUUGUAAUAAUAAAGUUAAAAAAAAUGGUAUUGUGGAGGAUCAGGGAUGUGGUGGAAGAUUAGAAAUUAUGGGAUGUAAUGAAGAUAAACUUCCUAAUGUUGUGAUAAGGAGGGUAAACAACAGCUUACAAUGUGCAGCAUUUGGUACACAUCCAAAUAUACAAUGGAGUGUGAAUAACAAAAUCAUUACAAAUGAUGGAAAUUAUACAAUUGCUGACAAAAGAAACCAAAAUGCAACUACAAUAUAUAAAUCGUUUCUAAUUUUUAAAAAUAAUAUUGAUCAGUUUUUGCUGAGAUUUGGCAGAUGUAAUAAACAAGCAAACGGGAAUUUCAAGUGUACUAAAGAAUUUGUGUGUGCAUAUCAUUACAUCUUUCAAAACUCCUCUGUUCCUGUCAAGACAUCUUUCAAUCUCACUUGGUCAUAUCAAGAUUUAGCCGUAAAAAAAUUUUCAGUUAUCUCACAGAAUGCAACUUCAAUUUCUUUUUCAUGGAUACCAAUUAAAAAUAUGCACAUAACAAAGUAUGAAAUUCAAUGUUGUCGACAAAAUUGUAGAGAAAUCGUUUUUACGGACAACAUACCAAACACAGCUACGUCUGCUACAGUUUACGAGCUUGCACCCUUUACUACAUACAAGUGCAAGAUGCGGUUUCUUUUAUUAUCACCCAGUACCAGUGGCAAUUGGAGUACCGAAAUUUCAGUUAAAACUUCUCCGGCAGGACCUUGUAUGCAAGCCCUGGGAUUUGAGAAUGGGAUUAUCAAUGAUUUACAAUUCACAUCAUCCAAACCCGAUGGUGGUUUAAAGGCAUCAAAUGCUCGUCUUAACAGUGAUAAAUUUUGGUGCGCAAGUUCAGGCAUAAUUUGGUUAAAGAUUGAUCUUGGUCGAGUUAUGACAGUUACUGGGAUGGCAUUACAAGGAUACUCAUUUGCCAUCCAUCAAGUCUGGUUCAAAUACAGUGUAUCUAGUAUGAACAACACUGAAAUAGUAAAAAUGGAUGAUACCUCGAGUGACACUCGUAGGACGUAUGAUUAUCCACGAAGCAAAUACACAAGACGAUACUGGUUUAAAAACAAAGAGAUAACAUUACGUUAUAUCGAAUUCCAUUUUGUUGGAGAUAACCAAGCCUGUCUAAAGGUUGAAUUGUAUGGAUGUGCUGAAACUUGUUCAUCUCCUGUCUUUCCUGUGCAUUUGAACCUGCCACAAUCUAAACCAUUUUCACAAAUCUGCAGCAAAAACUUAUCAUACAUCCGUUAUCAUUUUGGGAAAAGGGUUACGUUGACAGGACUUAGGUUAAAUAACAACAAUUUUAGUGAUUUUCACAUUAGAUAUGGGCAGUCACCUAAAAACAUGACUGAAAUGGAGAAAAUUAACCAAACAAAGUUGUCGCAGCCUAGAAGUGAUGAUUCAACAUUGAUGUUUUGGUUUAAGGAAGAAAUUAUUUGUAAAGUUAUUGAUAUAGUAACAUCGUCAACAAACGUGUGUGGAGAAAUUCAGUUUAUUGGAUGUGAUAAUGGUUGUAUGCACAAACUUGGUAUAGAAGGUAAUCAUGGUGUUACAAUGAGCUCGUCGUCUGUAUAUAAUAAUGGUGGUGUAGAAGCAGCAAAUGGGCCAAAAAAUAGCGGUCUUAAUAACAUGAUUGGAGAUUGGACAAAAUAUGAAAAUAAAGAUCAUCAACCUUGGAUUCAAGUAUGCUUUGAUUCACAGAAACUCAUUAAUGCUGUUGCAAUACAAGGACAGGGAUAUUACAAUGAUGGAAGAGUUUUAUCAUAUUAUAUAUCAUAUGGAUAUCAAGGAAACAGAACUUUAUAUAAUUAUACUUUGAGCAAUAAUGUUACGAUGUCUAGUGGAGCAACAAGUAGAUAUGGUACAGUAGUAAGAAAAUUUCCCGUUCCAAUAUCUGCUAAAUGUGUUCGUUUGCAUCCAACAUCUUGGAACGAACAUGGUUGCAGCAUGCGUUGGGAAUUGCUUGGCUGUCAUAAAGCUACUCAUCCUAAAGUAGAAGUUCUUAAAUCAGUUGCAAUUGUAAAAAACACCAGUAAAUCAAUCAAGUGUUUUGUUGAAGCUCAACCUGGGUUUCAACAGGAGUGGAAUUUUCCUACAGAAGAUUUAUCUGCUUAUCAUAGCAUGGAUAUAAAUGGAUCUUCCAAUAACGUCAAUGGUACUUACAUCUCCAACUUACAAAUUCAUAGAAACAUGACUGAUUGGAUUAUUAAAAACAAUAUUUCAUGUGACUUUAGUAAUAUCAGUAACACAACAUGUUAUAUAAAUUAUACUUGUGCUGCAUACUACCCUGGUGAUUCAACAAACAAGAGAGAACAAAUUGUGACAGCAAGUUAUAUUGGUUUUAAUGCAACUGUUAGUCCACCAAAUGUAAAUGUCAUAUCUACGAAUACCACAGCCACAAUUACUAUAUCUUUUGGACAAUCAACUGGUGAUUUUCCAACAACUGGGAAUAAAUUAUUGUUUAAAGGAAACACAUCCAAUAUUGGUAGUGCCUCGAAUCAUUUUCUUGACAAACUAGAACCCUAUACAGAUUACGUUAUAACUGUUCUUAGCUACAAUCGGCUAACUGAAUCUGCUAGGAAAAAUGUAUCUUUUAAAACUGCUGAAGGAGUUCCAUCAAUACCUCGAAAUGUUACAUUAAUGCCGAAGUCCAAAGAAGAAAUUUUGGUUUCUUGGCUUCAACCUGAACCUGUUGGUGGAGUUAUCAGUAAAUAUGAGAUAAAAUAUAAAGAAAAAUACAAUUUACAAGCUGUUUUAAAUGUUACAAGCAUUUCAGAGAAUAUGUCUUUCACCAUUAAAAACUUAAGUAAUUUCCAAGAAUAUGAAGUUCAGGUUCGAGCUUACACAAAAGAAAACUUUUUUAUUGGACCAUGGAGUGAUGUUGUAGAAACAAAAACACUGGAAGGAGAGCCCACUGAACCACGAAAUAUCAGUGUUCAAAAGAAAUCACCCACUACAAUUUAUUUAAAUUGGGAAGAACCUUAUCAAAUAAAUGGAAUUAUAAAAGUUUAUAAUAUUACACUCAUUGGUCAAAAGACUUACUACAAAAAAUUUGCUCAUGAUGUCUCAGGCCACACCAAUGCUACGUUUUUAACAGUGAAAGAUUUAUAUCCAGGAACAAAUUAUACAAUUCGUAUACAUGCCACCACUGGUGGUGGAGCAGGCCCAUUGUCCAAAGAACAAAAGUUUGAGACUGAAUAUGAUAGACCAUAUUCUCCAAGCGUGUCUUUGUUUAAAGAUCCAAUGAUAAAGGAGGUGCUUUCUUUGAGUUCGGUGCAACCAUAUACAGGUCCUAUCAGUUCAUAUGAAUUUGCUGUUUCAAGAUCGGAAUGCAUUUUAACUAAAGAAAAUUUCACAUUGAAUCCUGAAGAAGUUGCGCAUAACGUUAAUGUGACCAUUUUUAAAGGAAUAGAAAAUUCUACUAUCCAUGAUAAAACUGUACACAUCCCUUUGAUUGGAAAUUUCAUUUUUUGUUUCCGUGCUGUAGUUACAUCAAAGAAUGGUACUAGGCUACGUGGUAAUUUUUCAAGCAAAAUGAUAGAACGCAGAGAUCUUUUAAAAAUUGAGAAAAAUAAUACAGAGAAGACAGAUACGUCAAUAACAAUUCAAUUAUCAAAAGGUCCAAGUAAUGUUAAGUACUAUCAAAUAAUUGUCGCUGCAGGUAGCAUAACCUCACUUGAUCCAACUAACUUAGAACCAUAUAGCGAAAACAAUAAAAAACUUUAUAUCGCUGCUGAGUUUCCUGCUGAGAAGUUUAGUGAUUAUUCCAAGUUCAAAGUAGGAGAUGGAAAAAUAUACAAUCAGCAAUCUUUUAGAGUGAAGAGAGAUUCGACAUACAGUUUCACAUCAUUCGUAAAUGUAGAAUUGACACGUGGUACUGAGUACUCAAUAUUGCAAAGGGCAUAUUAUGAGGGUGAAAGAUUCUAUUCUACACCUUGGCUAUCAUCUGUUAAAACUAACGGUAAAUCACCGAAAGGUUCUCCAACUGGUGGCGAUUCCUCCAACACAACAACAAUUGCUGUUGUAAGUGUAGUAGUUGUGUGCAUCAUUGUGAUCAUAUUGGCUGCACUUUUUAUUAUCCGAAUUAGACGUCACAACAAUGUUCGAGGAAAAAGGGAACAUCAAGAUUUGUCAAUUCUUAGUGACAGCGAAAGAUCAACUGGAAUGGUAGAAAUGGGUGAAGUCAACCCUAGUGCAGAUAUGGAUGAAAAGGCUUCUGAUACUAUUCUUGACAGAAAACCUCCUACAUCAGUUGAAUUAGAUGCACGUUAUCCACCAGUUAACGUUGUUGAUUUUCCUAUAUACUGGGAGAGAUUAAAAAAGGACAGCCAUGACGCCCUUACGCAAGAAUAUAAGGAUUUGAAUUCUGGGCAGCAAUACAGAUGGACGAUAGCAAACAAGUCGGAACUAAAACCAAAGAACAGAUAUGCUAACAUUGUUGCAUACGACCAUUCUAGAGUGCGUUUAAAGAAACCGUUAGCCGAUGGUAGCGAUUAUAUCAAUGCAUCGCAUAUCCAUGGUUACUCUACACCAAAUAUGUAUAUAGCUUCUCAAGGACCUAAUAAAGCCUCGAUCGUUGAUUUCUGGCAAAUGGUGUGGGAACAAGACGUACCUGUUAUUGUUAUGGCUACAAAUUUGGUGGAAAGAUCAAAGAGAAAAUGUGAGCAGUAUUGGCCAACAUCUGGGACACAGCAAUAUGGUGAUAUUCAAGUGACGCUUACUUUUACUGAUUCCUUCACAGAUGUUGUAGUAAGAUCUUUCUCGUUAAAAAAGGCUGGUUCCAAAGAAAUACGCGAUGUGCAACAGUAUCAUUACAUGAGUUGGCCUGAUCAUGGUGUUCCUGAAUUCCCAUCCAAUAUAAUCAAUUUGCGACAUAAAAUUCGGAAAGAGUACCCUAUUGAGCAAAUGACCAAACCUAUUCUGGUGCAUUGCAGUGCUGGUGUUGGCAGAACUGGUACAUUUAUAUGCAUUGAUUCCAUGUUACAUCUUUCUAAACAGACUAACAAGGUUGACGUGUUCAACUUUGUCAACUUUCUGCGCACAAGAAGGAUUCAUAUGGUGCAGACUGAAGACCAGUACAUGUUUAUUUAUCAUGCACUAUAUGAAGCGUUCAUAUCUGGCAUUACUGAGAUCAAUGCUUCGGAUAUUAAAAUUAAAUACAGAAACCUGCUACGUCCUAAUCAAGAGAACACAAAUAAAUCAGGUUUUCAGCUGCAGUACCAGAGACUUGAGAUAUUGACAGCUCCUCUAGCUGAUGAAGAUUCAAUGUCUGGAAAACGCGACGUAAACAGGGCGAAAAACAGACAUUCGUUUAUCUUACCACGUGACGAUUACAGGGUAAUGUUGACACACACAUCUUAUUACGAGGAAGGUGCCGAAUAUAUAAAUGCAGUUUAUGUAGAUGGUUACAAACAGAAAGACGCCUUUAUUGCAACAAAUCAUCCAUUGCCUGAGACAAUUGGUGACUUCUGGGCAAUGAUUUAUCAAAAGAAAAUCAGUGCAGUGGUCAUGUUAAACAAUUUCUACGAAGAUGAUGAGGGAUAUCCACAGUUAUGGCCAGCGUGUGGUGAAACUGCGACUUACAAAAAUAUAACUGUGCAAAUGCUGUCUGAAGAGAGUGAUUAUAAAGUUGCUACUUUCAAGUUUGCUUUGACGGAUGACAAGGAGGAUUCCGAAGAGGUAGAGUGCAUUAUCUUCCAAUUUUUACUUUGGCCAAACCACGAGGUUCCAUCUGAUGUGGCUGCAAUGGUGAACUUCUUAAGUACAGUGGAGAAGCAUCAAUAUAAAUAUGAAGAGAAUUCGCUCGUUGUCAUGUGCAGUGAUGGUGCAUCUCGCACUGGUACAUUCAUUGCCAUAUCAAUCUUUAUGGAACAAUUAAAACUUGAACAGUUAGUUGAUGUUUUUCAAGCAAUCAAAAAGAUCAGAUCAGUUCGUCCUCAGUUUGUAGGCAACGACAAACAAUACAAAUUUUGUUAUGAUGUUUUGUUGGCAUACAUGGACUCCUUCAGUACAUAUUCCAACUACACAGAUUAAAAUACAUGAUAAAGAAAAAAAGAAUUCCAGCUUUUUUAAACUAUUCACGGAAAGUUAUUAUAAAUUAUUUUUAAAGUACAUACAUAUAUAUAUUUUUAAUUUCAUGAUUUGGUUAAUAUUUUUAUAUAGAUUAUUAUUAGGUUAUUUUGACAAAUUUUGUUUUUGAGCUAUUUUUUACGUUGUAUAUUCAAUUUAACACAUGCACAUGAGCAUAUACUUGAUACACCACAUACACUACGUGCAUACUAUAAAAACAUUCGGAAUUUUGCAACCGUUUAUAAAAAUGUAAAGGUGGAUAAAAUGUACGAAAAGUUGCACCAUUGUUGAAAGUUCAACCAUAAAAAGUAGUAAAUCUACCACGUAAAACACGUAGUAGAUUUAAGGGCGAUGGUUGUUGCGAAUCAGGCUGGGUUUUUUAAGUUUUUAAGAUGUCACUUAAUGAUUUAGAAUUCAUCGCUAUUUCCUUGUCUCUUGCUUCCACUGUUAACUAACAUACGCAGCUGAUUGGUUGUAAAUUGAUGUUGUAUCUACUAUGAUGUUGUAAAUUAUCCUUUUAAAGCGAAUAUGAAAAUGUUUUAAAGUUUUAGAUGGCCAAAAUUAUUAAUACAAGUACAACUGUUCUAAAUAAAACAUUCAAUAUAAUAAUCCUGAAUUGGAUGAAACAAACACGCCUAGAACUAUUUUGGCAGAUCACAUUAAAAAUGUGUUUUGCUUAUAAUCAUUUCGCUUUAAAAAUCUUAUUGCCUUUAAAUUCUGUAAAAUAGUAAUGUUGAAUCUUCACAGUCUUGGUCAAUGAUUCCACUAGAACCUGGAAAUGAACUUUACCUAAAUUUUUACUAAUUGGAUUUUGCAGAACAAGUUGAUUCUCUGCAGUGUAUCACAAAUGGGUAAUAUGAAUUUCAAAUAAUCUGUUUUUAUCCGCUUUAAAAGUAGAACUGAACGAAAAACAUUUGGUAUUGAUCAACCAAUCAGUCCUACUUUUGGUGACAUGACUUUUUUUAUUGUUAUAUCUUUUAUCUUGUAUUUGAUAAUAGAUUAACAUAAAGUACAAAUUUGAAUAUAUAUGAAAUUUUAUAAAUAAAAAGGAGUUAAGUUUGGUAUAUUUUUAAUUUGAAUUUUAGUUAACGUUUUAUGAGAGAUUUAUUAUAAGAAUUUAUAGUUGAUUAAAAAUGAUUUUUAUAUACUAUAUAUUGUCGAAAUAUUAUUUUAGAUUAUUUUAGAUUAAAUAUAUUUUUGUCUGUUA